AUGUCACUAGCAAACCUCCCGGUCCAAAGAAGGGAAAUGGGAGCAACGUUGGACACCUUGCCGGCUGAGCUGCUUAUGCAAGUCACCAGCAACGUCAAAGCUCGGAAGGAUCUUAUAAAUCUGUCACAGGGCUCUCGUCGACUAUACGAUAUAAUCACUCCCCAAGCGUAUCGCUCAAUUCACCUGCAAGAGUCUCCUCGCCUUGCAUCUGGGUUACUUCGUGCAAUUCUACUGAAUUCGAAUCUGGCGCAUUGGAUUCGCGAUCUCGACGUGUGUCUUUCCACUCCCACCUCCUUGAAUCCCUGGGACGAAUUUAUCGACCCCAGCAAACCGAAACCCGUGUCGAUCGAUAGUCAAGUCCUUGAACGAGCCGUGGAUAAUGCAAGCAAUUCGGAACAGGAAAAGGCGCAGUGGCUAUCCGAUUUGGGGCAGGGAAAGUCGGAUGCCUAUAUUGGCUUACUACUAGUAUCGCUGGUCAGCUUGGAGCAGCUAUGUAUAAGAACUGCAGGGGACGAAGUAUACUGUCAGAAGGUUAUAGAACGGGCAUCAAUGGGGGAAAAAUCGUUUGGCCGGACAUCUCCAACAUUUCCACGCCUCGUUAGUGCCAGGAUCCUUGACAUCGGCCGCUCUCGAUACUUCACCUCAAAUAAAUUUGCUGCCUUCCUCCGGUUGCCUUCAUUACGCAGCAUAAACGCCACCGCAAUCUUUGACGACGACAGCCCAUGGCGGGGACAAGAGAACUCGACCAUCUCGCAUAUCAGUCUUACAGGUCAAGUUUGUGUCAACGGCUUGCACGGAUUCCUUACAAGCUGCAAGAACUUGAAGUCGUUUGUAUACGUGCAUUGUUAUCCCGGUACAGAAGACAGCUUUGGUGCGGCCAAAGAUACCCUUGAAUGUCUCUCCUUUAAAUCUUACCAACGUCGCUUAAACAAAUACUCGUUCGUGGGGUCCUUUGCUGGUUUCAAGGGACUUAAACAGCUUGAAAUACGGGUACAUUUCUUGCGUAGCCCGGAGGACGAAGUGACCCUCUAUUCCUUGCUCCCUAGCUCGUUGCAAGCUUUGUACAUCGAUUUCGUGGACUACGAUUCCCUUGACUGGGUGUUGAGGCAGAUUGGCAUAUGGGCGGCUAUCUGGAGAAAAUGCACGCCGCAGCUUACACGGCUCACCAUUGCGUGUUCAAGUGUGUUUUCUGAGGACCAGGAGACCAAUAUUCGACUUCUUUGUGAAGAAUGGGCUGAGAUGACCGACGGACAGUUAGUUGCUGAUUUCACUAUAAAAAGGAAUUCGUCCCUUGAAUGA